AUGAGCCCUUCUCACGUUCAGAACUGUGAUUUGCAAGAAGGUCAGUGGGGAACCGUCGGCUCCACCGUCUACUUCAACUACACCCAUGAUGGUAAAGAGAGGGUAGCAAAAGAAAUAAUUGAGGCAUUAGACGAAGAAAAUAAGUCGGUGACAUACAAAGUGAUUGAAGGAGAUUUGAUGGAGCUUUACAAGACAUUCAAACUGACUGUUCGUGUUGACACAACUGGAGAAGACAAUGUUGUCACUUGGACUUUCGAAUACGAGAAAUUGAGUGAGGAUAUUCCUGAUCCCCACACUCUCAUGGAGUUUUUCGGUACGAUGACUAAAAGUAUUGACUCUCACCAUAUAUCCAAAAAUACUUAG